AUGUCCAUACUUAGAAGAUUCACCAGACUCACUGCUCCCGUGCUUGCCUUCGGUGCCGGGCUUGCAUUGUUUCCUGCGGAAUGGCGAAAAUCCAAAUUCCAGCCCGCCAAGUUAACCCAUUUCAAUAAGGAUGCCUUGGACAAGAUCUCCAAAUCAGACCUCUUCCAACAGCUAAAAAACGAUCCAAACUACAAAAUGUACUACAGCAGUGAAAGCUUUCCUCAGCAGCAUCACAAGAACUUUGUCAGCAGGGGUAUGCUUUUCGGACCUGACCUUUUCGAGGUUGACCCAGUCGUCUUCUUGAACGAGUCAUCAGGUGAACUCACAGCGUUCUACCAUUUGGGUAAAGAACUCGUAAGUGGGGACGGCAUGCUCCACAAUGGCAUCACGUCUACCAUUUUAGACGAGGGGCUCUGUGCCUGUGGAUUCUCGAAGCUUCCGUCGAAGAAAGGCGUCACGGCUAAUCUCUCCAUAGACUUCAAGAAUCAAGCGCAGCCACAGAGCACUGUGGUGUUGCGGGCACGCGUCGAGGAGGCUAAAGGCAGGAAGGUUGUGAUUAAAGGCCACCUUCUGGUGUUCCCAACCAAGAUUGGGGAAAGGCCGAUGGAGAUAGCCUCGGCAAAAUAUAUCUCCGACAAAAUUUCCUCCGCUGUGAAGCCUGACUCCCAGAAGUCCACCACUGAGUUGGCCAAGGACAAGGUCACCGACACUGUUGACAACACUGUUGGCGAUAACUCUAGAUCCGGCGACAAGUCCUUCAUUCAGCAGGCCUCUGACGCUGUCUUCGGCGAGAAGAAGGAGUAA